CAGAGGUGAGUUUGAGGCAGCAUGGCCUUCACGCUGGUGCUUCUGCUUCAGCUGCUCCUGGUCUCACUGGCAUCUGCAUCACAUCAGCAAGGGGGGCACAAAGGCUUCAGCUUCAAAGGAAGAAAUCCUGAUGGAACCUUUAGGGUGAAAUUUCGUAGCAGGGAAACCUAUGAUCACUGUAGUUACACCACCUGGAACUGUUACGCUGGCAACUGUGGCUCUAGAACCAUAAAUCAACAAGGUGUAAUUGACAGGAGAAACUAUGCAUCAGCACAAGACUGGUGUGAAACUGAAAGAGUCAUUACCAGAAAUGUCCCAAGUGACAAACCCUUUCAAUUGCGGCAAAUCGGCUGUUGUUGGGUCAGAACGCGGAACGGGGUCAGUGAUACAAGACAACUAACCUCAGUGGAUUUGGGAUCAAGAUCUGACACUGGAAAACCAAACAAUUCACCAGACAUUGGAAUUCUACCUUUCCUACGGGUUCCACAGAACUGCCCACGGACAUACAAGCUGAUGUCCUCUGAUCCUGAUGGUGACAAUGUUCGAUGCAGAUAUGGAAAUAUAAGACAUAUAGAGUGUGGCACGUGUGACCAGCCUUCAGGCUUUGAUUUAGAUCAGGGCUCUUGUUCAUUACACUACCGCUCUGCCAGUGCCAACAGCAAUAUUUAUGGAUUUGAGAUGGUGGUGGAGGACUUCCCACAAAACCCCAUCACUCUGGCCUACAGUGAUGGAUCCCGAGCCGCCAAGAUUCCACUGGCUGUGAGCAGGAAGAAACGAUCCUACUAUCAUGCAACUACCCCAUGGGGGUGGCAUUAUACCUCACCUCCUACCACAGCCUCGCCAAGAUACCCAACCGCAAGGUGGUGGCAUUAUACAACUCCUCCCACCACAACCACAUCAAGACCCACAACCCCAUGGUGGUCUUGGCAUACUACAACCACACAAAGACCCACAACCUCAUGGCGGUGGUGGCAUUCUACAACCCCAUGGUGGUAUUGGCAUACUACAACCACAACCACACCAAGACCCACAACCCCAUGGCGAUGGUGGCAUUCUACAACCCCAUGGUGGUGGCAUCCUACAACUACACCAAGACCCACAACCCCAUGGCACUGGCAUCCUACAACUACACCGAGACCCACAACCCCAUGGCACUGGCAUCCUACAACUACACCAAGACCCACAACCCCAUGGCACUGGCAUCCUACAACUACACCGAGACCCCCAACCCCAUGGUGGUGGUAUCCCACAACUACACCAAGACCCACAACCCCAUGGUGGUGGCAUCCUACAACUACACCAAGACCCACAACCCCAUGGUGGUGGCAUCCUACAACUACACCAACACACACACACCCAUGGUGGUGGUGGUGGCAUUCUACAACCCCAUGGUGGACUACAACCCCAAGAACACCUGCAACCAGCCCUGAACACCCACUCAGCCAACAAACGCUGCAGUUCUCCUUUCUUGUGGACCCACCUGCUCCCUCAUGUCAGGAGGGACUUUACUUGCCAAAGCUUGUGCAUCCAACGCCUAAUAAUGGAGCACGCUUUCAAGUAGAGGCCAACAAAGAAGUGGAGCUCAGGGUCAAGGCACUAGCUACAUAUGGAAUAAUAAAUAAUGUCAUCAUCAGUGGACCACUGAAUAUCAGCAAGCACAGGAACACACAUGGCGAGUUUGUCAUUAGGUGGACGCCUACACCAGAUGACGUGGGAGAACAUUUCCCCAUCUGCUUUGCUGUUGAAUCAGUGACUGGGUCUCGGGUCUAUCAGUCCGAGAUGAGGUGUGUUCUGGUGGAGGUCCAUAGGGAGCUGGUUAAAGCCAAUGUGAUCUGCGAUGAGUCCACAAUGACAGUCGAGGUUGAGAAAGCUUCCUUUCCUCGACUCCAUGAAGAUCAUUUGCGACUUAAUGAUCCUGUCAACACAGCCUGCAGCCUCCAGACAAACUCCAACAGCACUCAUAUCAUCGCUGUGGUCCCCCUCAAUGCUUGUGGCACUCAGAUAGAGGAAGAUGAUGACGACCUAACUUUCAAGAAUGAAAUCACCACACUUGACAACAUAGGAGAUCUGAUCACCAGGAGACACAUGGUGGAGGUGCAGUUCUCCUGCAAGUACCCCAAACGUGGAAAUGUGACACAGAGCUUCUCAGUGCACAGGAAGAAUGUCACAGUGUGUGAGACAGGCUUUGGCACUUUCACCUACCAAUUUGAAUUCUAUCCCACCAACCAAUACCGAACCAUGGCUGAUCCAAAUUCAUACCCUCUGGAGUAUGAUGUAGGGAGCGAGAUUCACAUGCAGAUAGAGGCCACCUCCACAGUCAACAACACUGAGCUGUUUGUGGAGUCCUGCAGAGCUGCACCAUAUGAUAACCCAAACUACCAGCCAACCUACUCCAUCAUUGAAAACGGGUGUAAUGUGGACCCGACUGUUGUUGUCCAUCCAUCCUCCCAUGAUAGAGAAUUCCGGUUCAGCAUGGAGGCCUUCAAGUUCAUCGGCAUGUAUGACCAGGUGUACAUCAGCUGUUCGGUCAUGAUGUGUGAAGCAGGGGUCCCCAACACCAGGUGCUCGCAAGGAUGCAUCAAUUCAGUAUCAGUGCCAGGCAAUCUAAUCACAAACCGCCGCAAGAGACAGGCUGUCACUCAGAGUUUAAGGCACUUGGUUUCCCAGGGUCCCCUGCGCUUUAGGAGGUCAGCAGAGAGCACCGGAAACCCAGGGAUCAACUUGAACCUGAACUUGGUAUUCAUUGCUGGAUGUCUUCUUGCAGCUGUUGGCAUGAUCAGUGCAGUGGUCAUGUACAAAGCCAAAAUGUCCAGGGUCAGAUACCAACCACUGCCCAGAUAUGACAGUUAAGACAGCUGUGUGUGCAAAACACCUAUUCUGUCUUAGAUACUGCCAUGUGUAACAUCACAUAUUAAGGUAUUGACAGAGCUGCAACAUGCAUUAAGAUUUUUAACCCAAUGAAGGCAGUGCAGCAUUACUUUUUGCUUUGACUACAUAAAGCUUUUUGGUUAGUUUUACUAUCAGAUUGAGUUAUCAAGUAUCUGGUUAUGUGUGCAGUUAAAAGAAUUAAUUUUAUAUCUACACCUUUAGAAAUACAGCUAUAUGACAGAAAAUAUUUAGUGAGGAACAAUUAACCAGAAAGGAAGUUUUAUAUUAAUCAGCACUGAAAGGAUGAUCAACCAGUACUGCAACUGCUAGCUGACUUUUCACUUGUAGUGUAACCUUGUAACCCUAUCUUUUCAAACGCAUCUACUAUUAUGUAUCCCAGUAUGAUUUAAAACAAGUAUCUUGAUCUAUACAUGAAGUCCUACCUAGUCAUAAUCACCAUAAUCAGUCCUGUGCCAAAUGUUAUCAUUACAUGUCAAAGCCCUUUACAGCUUAACCAAAGUCAA